UCUCUGAACAGAAUGAAGGGAGCUAACAGGUUGAUGGAAAACUAUACCUUAAACAGCCUUACCCUCCAGAUAGAAGGGUUGGAGGUCACAGAGACCUUUUUGUACCCUGUGUUUUGCUUCUUCCUCUUUUCUUACCUGGGAAUAAUGUUGCUGAAUAUGGGGAUUGUGAUCCUCAUUUGCAUGGACAGAAGCCUCCAUCAGCCCAUGUACCUGCUCUUCUGUAACCUGCCGUUUAACGACAUUCUAGGCGUCUCGUACAUGGUUCCYCGCCUGAUGUCGGAUAUCUUGCUGCCGCCGGCKGAGCGCCUCAUCAGUUACUAUGAGUGUGUUGUUCAGGCUUUCUGUUCCCACAUGUUAGGCACCACGUCCCACACGGUGCUGAUGAUCAUGGCCUUUGACAGAUAUGUUGCCAUCUGUAAUCCUUUGCGUUACUCUGUGAUAAUGACCAGCARGAUGGUGGUGAAGCUGACCGUCUCUGCCUGGGGGUCGGCCUUGGUUCUGGUCGGGAUUCUGCUGGGUUUGACAGUCCGGCUGAGCCGCUGCAGGACUCUGAUCACCAACCCAUUUUGUGACAACGUCUCACUGUUCAAGCUGUCCUGCGAGAACGUGGUGAUC